UGAGACGAAUGAGUUUCUUUUAGGGUUUUCUACGGAUGGAGCACCUAUACUCGUUUUAUGCUUUUUGAUGCUCUUCUGCGCUAGAUUUGAUCUUCCCCGUUGAUGUUGCUCCUUUAAUGAUUUCCUCUGUUCCUUUCCUUUGGUAUUGAAUCCUUUAGAUCGUUUUGGGAAGAGUUACUAUUGCUUUGGGCAUUCUCCCUUCUUUGUCUUAUUUUUUUAAUGUUUUGGGAAUUGAGGUUUGAUCUUUGAAUAAUCCUGGUAAUUGGGCUAACUUUCUCCAUCGAAUUGGGGAUUGGCCACUACAAAACUAUAAUUGUUAUUAUGCAUACGAAAUUUCAAAUUAUUUUGCUGCAAGAGGCACGCAUCUAGGAUUUUGAAGAUAUACUUUCUCUCCAACUUUUUCUGACAGUUUGGUUCCUUUUUGAGGAUGGAUCCUUUGCUUUGUCCUGAGGGUUGAAACUUAAGUGUUAGCUUCGUUUGUGACUUUUUUUUGGUUGCUGAACGGAUUGUGUAUCCAAUGGAAAAGGGGAGUGAAAACAUGCACUUAGAGGACCCUUCGUUUAUUGGAAUGGAUACGGAGGAAAGUGAAAUGGGACAACGAAACAGUGAAAUUCAAGGCUUUCGAUUGGAAAAAGGUGAUGCAAGUAAUGUGGUUUUCUCAACCGAGGUACCCCUUGUAAAUAAAGAGUCAUCAACGUCUGGUAGUUGUGGUUGUAGUCUGAAGAAAAUCAAAUCUAGGGUAGCUGCAAAAGACACUGAGUUCUGCCAGAAGGACAAAUCUGGGCAUGACAAGAAAGUCAGCCGACAAUACAGGAUUGAGUUGGGCCAAUUAUUUCAGGGAGCCGUCAGUUCCCAUGAUUGGGAGCUUGCUGAGAGUUUAAUCUUGUCGGCAGAUCCACAGACUCUAAAUGAUGCAUUGUGUGUCACCUUGGAUGCAAUCUGGUUUUUGAGCACCCAUCAGGAGCUUUAUGGGAUCACUGAGUUGAUUAAGAAGAUCAUUGCUAAUGGUGCUUAUGACUUCACUAGAGCCGCUCUCCGGACUUCAUUUCUUGCUUCUUGUGUCUCAGCUUGUCAGAGUCGCACGAUGAGUCUUUCUGACACUGUAACUGUGAUGGCUCGGAGGUUGCAUGAGCGCCUCCAAGAAUGCCAUGGGGAUGAGAUCUUGAAGGCAGAAGCUGGUGCCAAGGUCCAAAAGUUCACUGAAUGGGCUUUGAAAUGUAUAGGUUCCCAUUCUCGUUGUCAGGGGAACAAUGAUAGAGUGAAUCAUUGCUCAGCAAUUGAAAUCCAACUCCAGUUAACUGCGUUUAAGACAUUCCUAGAUCUUGCUGUCAAUCAACUUACAGGAAAGGAUUUUACUGAAGCAUUUGAUGCAGCUUGUUUUCCUCUUACUCUCUUCUCUAGUUCGUUUGAUGCUGGUUGGGCUUCUGGGAUCUCAGCCACAGUGAUUCAAGGAUUGUUGGAUAUGUUGGUGGAGGGGGGUGCGGACAAUGUUAACCAGUGUUUCCUUGAAGCCUCUCGGUUUGGUAGUACAGAACUUGUCCGCAUUUUGUUGCAGAUUGCCCAACGGAAUAGCUUGGAUGUAGAUGUCGAUCUUGCCUUGGGUUUUGCCUCACAUUACUGCAAGAUUGGAACGAUGGAGUGUCUGGUAGAAGAAGGUAAUGCCAUGGCGUUUUUGGGCCCUCUAAUGAGAGCAGCUGAAAGAGGAUGCAUGCAGGUUGUGCAGUGGUUUGUUAAAAGAGGUUGUCUAGACAUGGAGCUCUGUCUGGCCCUUACUGCUGCUACUUCCUGCAGCCAAGUUGGUGUGGCUGCAUAUCUCCUCCCCCAUGUUCCUAAGCAUGUUCUGACGGCUCUAAGCAUUGAAAUUCUCAAGGCUGCGGGUGAACGAAGUGGUGGAUCUCUUGAUGGUGUUGCAUUUCUCCUCCGAUCUGACUUCUUAGGUGAUCCUGCUGCUACUUAUGCUGUUGCAGACAGCAUUGCUAAGUCCAAUGAUGAGGCUGUUGCCCCUGAUCUGAGGGCAUUUGUCCAAGAGCAUUGGUCAGAGGAAGCUUUCUUGGAUGGAUUAAAACAAGGGCAAGAACAUUACAUGAAUCUAAUGAGGAUUUUGAAGAGGGGGGAGUCUCCAAUUUGCUUAAGGGAUCUACCAGCCCCAUUGAGGGUGGGAAUCGCAUACAUGCUGCUGUACAGGGAGUGUAUUGAGGUGGGUGGUCGUCUGUUAUCACAAAGGCUGAGGGGGCAGCUUGUCGAAGCUGUUCGAAUGCUAGAAGGUGGGGCAUCAGAAGAGGUUAAUCAAGGCAGAGAGCUUUUAGAUAUUUUGGAGCAUCAUCUUCCUCCAUUUUUGGUCCGUGUUCUCAGUGUCGGUUAGCAACAACUUAUCUGCUAGAUUUUCGCUUGUCCUUUAUCCCUAUAGUGAGUGUCCCAUGUGGCAUAUUUAGUAGUACUGUUUUAGCAGCAGUUGGUACGUCACAAAGCUUCCAAGUUUGCCAAACUUUCCUGUGAUUUGGUUUAAUGUAUGAAGUCGGCCCGCCGCGCUUGUAUGGCACCCGUAUCAAUCUAGUGGAUAUGUUGUUCAUCUA